AUCACGAUUAAACAGAUGUUUUCUGUACUCGUAUCUCCAGGUAACGAGAAGGCUUUCGCCGCCGGCGCCGACAUCAAGGAGAUGCAGAACAACACUUUCUCCGACAACACGAAGGCUGGCUUCCUGCGCGAGUGGGAGGAUGUGUCCAACUGCGGCAAACCCAUCAUCGCUGCCGUCAAUGGCUUUGCUCUCGGCGGCGGCUGCGAGCUGGCCAUGCUGUGCGACAUCAUCUACGCCGGCGAGAAGGCCAAGUUCGGGCAGCCCGAGAUCAACAUCGGCACCAUCCCCGGCGCGGGCGGCACGCAGCGCCUGCCGCGCUACGUCGGCAAGUCCAAGGCCAUGGAGAUCGUGCUCACCGGCAACUUCAUCGACGCCCACGAGGCGGAGAAGAUGGGACUGGUGAGCCGCGUGUUCCCCGUCGAGAAGCUUCUAGAAGAAACCAUCAAGCUCGCAGAGCGCAUCGGCACGCACUCCCCCCUCGUCGUCAAGAUGGCCAAGAAGGCCGUCAACCAGGCCUACGAGACCACCCUCAGGAGCGGGCUCGAGUUCGAGAAGCAAGUUUUCUACGGCACCUUCGCUACGGAGGACCGCAAAGAGGGCAUGACAGCAUUCAUUGAGAAGAGGCCACCUAACUUCAAGAAUAACUAAUUUUAUAAUUUGUUUAUACUGAAAAAUCUGAAAAUGAUGUAGGUCGUAAGAAAAAGUGCAAUUAUCUUGUUUAAAAUCCAGUGUAUAUUGUUUUAUUACCGUUUACUAAAUAUACUACUUUAUUUUUAA